CAAUUCGCGAAGAAAAUUCACCUGCUGCCAGAGCUACAGAGACGAGGAUUAUGUGUAUUCCCGCCCAGCCGGCGCAGGUUUGAUGUGAAAUCGGGUUGCAGGCAGACUGAUAGAGAAGUUUGAGCUCGAAAACGACCAGGACUCGUAUGGCGCUGUUUCGGAAACUGUUCUAUAGGAAGCCGCCUGAUGGACUCCUUGAGAUCUGCGAAAGAGUUUACGUGUUUGAUUGCUGCUUCAGUACUGAUGUUUGGAAGGAAGAAAAUUACAGACCCUAUGUGCGAAACAUAAUUUCUCAGCUUCGGGAUAAUAAUCCAGAUGUGUCAAUGUUGAUUUUCAAUUUCCGCGAUGGGGAGACAAGAAGCCCCAUUGCAAAUAUUUUGUCUGAAUAUGACAUUACAAUAAUGGACUAUCCUCGCCAUUACGAUAGUUGUCCAUUGCUCUCAAUGGAGGUGAUCCACCAUUUUCUAAGAUCAAGUGAAAGCUGGCUCUCUCUUGGCACACAAAAUGUACUUCUCAUGCACUGUGAACGGGGUGGUUGGCCGGUUUUAACAUUCAUGUUGGCUGCAUUGCUGAUAUAUAGAAGACAUUACACUGGUGAACAGAAGACUUUAGACAUGAUAUAUAAGCAGGCUCCACGUGAGCUUUUGCACUUGUUGACACCUCUUAAUCCCAUCCCUUCUCAGCUGAGAUACUUGCAGUAUGUUUCUAGGAGGAAUGUGGCCACAGCCUGGCCUCCUCUUGAUAGAGCUGUCACAUUGGAUUGUGUCAUUCUUAGGAUGAUACCUAAUUUUGAUGGAGAUGGGGGUUGUCGACCAGUAUUUCGUAUCUAUGGACAAGAUCCAUUACUUGUAGGGGAUCGAAACCCAAAACUUCUAUUCUCAACAAAGAAGGGUAAACCCAUCCGCUAUUACAAGCAGGCAGAAUCUGAACUGCUAAAGAUUGAUAUCAACUGUAAUAUCCAAGGUGAUGUUGUUUUGGAGUGUAUCAGCUUGUAUGAUGACAUGGAACGGGAACAAAUGAUGUUCAGGGUUAUGUUCAAUACAUCUUUUAUUAGGUCUAACAUUGUGAUGCUUAACCGGGAUGAAAUUGACACACUGUGGGAUGCAAAGGAUCAAUUUCCAAAGGAUUUCAGGGCAGAGAUCCUUUUCUCAGAGAUGGAUGCUGCCACCUCGUCAGUCAUUCCAGUGGAUUUGUCCUGUUUUGAAGAGAAGGAUGGCCUCCCAGUGGAGGCAUUUGCUAAGGUUCAGGAGAUUUUUAACAGUGUUGAUUGGCUAAGUCCAAAGGGUGAUGCUGCUCUCAAUGUGCUCCAACAAAUCACUGCCGCAAAUAUCAUCCUUGAAAAGUUGGAAUCAAGUUCACCCCUGAGUACAGAAGCAACCUCUGCAUCACAGCCAUCAACUCCUGUUAAAGCUCAAGAUCAAUGGCCUGUGACAUUAGAUGACAUGCCCAUGUCUGAUUUUUCUCCGCACAAGCAAUCUCAGUAUUCUCCCAUAGAACCCCCCAGACAAGAUACUAGUGAACAGAAGGCUGUACCAUUUCUGAAGCCAUCAACUGCUUUACCAGAGGUGAAUGAGGUCUCUUCUCUAUCUGAAACAGAGACCCUCUCACUUGAUACAGUUCCUCCUAGUCCUCCUGCUUUGCCUACUGAGCAUCAACAUGUUGGUAUUUUGGAACCUCCUUCUCCUCCUCCUAUGCCAAAUGUGCCACUUACACCACCUCUGGCAGAUGAAGCACAACCUAAAACUAUACCUUCUCCACCUACAACACCACCUCUGGCGGAUAAAGCACACACCAAAACUAUACCUUCUCCACUUAGCUCUCCCAGCCAAGGUUCGAGUCAUCCAGUUAAUGUUUCAAAGGAUGAGACAAGUCAGAAAACAACAACUACCACUGAUCCUCACAUACAUCAUCAAAAAAUGCCGGAGAUACAUCCGGUGGACUGGGGAAAAGAUGAAAAUGCUAAAAGGGGCUCUGUUUCUACCUCACCUUCUUCCCCUUGCUCUCCUUCACCUCCAACCCCCCCACCAUGUUCUUUUUCCCCAUCGACUCAAAUUCUUUCCACCCAAUAUUUCGAAGACAGUCCCACCCAUGGAAGUGUACCCCCACCCCCACCACCACCACCGUUGCCACCUCUUCUUAGUUCAUUUUCAAAGGACAGUUCUGCUUUGAUGGGUAGAGAAUGUCUACCUUCAUCUCCCCCAUUCCCAUCUUCGAAGGAAGAUUCAAUCUUCACUGGUGUACCACCCCCACCCUCACCGCCACCUCCUCCUACCCCAUUCUUAAAGGAGAGUACUACGUCUGCACCUAGAAAACUUGAACCUCCACCUCCUCCACCCCCACCACUUACCAGAAUUAUGUCCUCCUCUUGUGGAUCACCAACUCUAGCUUCACCACCCCCAUUUCCAUCGUCAGAUACUACUAGCUCUAAAAAUUUAGCAGAAGUACCAUUACCACCUCCUCCACCUCCUGCAUCGAGUUCUUCAAUGAAGCAUCAUGUUUCCCCUUCUCAGAGUGUUCAAUCUGCUCCACCUCCUCAAAUACCAUUUAAUAAGGGGGAGAUAAAGGAAUCCCCUGGUGUAUCAUAUUCACAAUCAACAGGUAGCAACAUAAAUUAUUCAUCCAGUUCCCCAUUGCCACCAGGACCACCACCACCUUCUAUCCCCCCACCUGGUAUGAAAGGGAAACAGCUGUUUUCCCGUGCCAUGAGUUCUAUAAACAGUCAGACAAAGAAACUGAAACCAUUGCACUGGUUGAAGUUAACCAGAGCAGUUCAGGGAAGCUUGUGGGCUGAAGCACAAAAAUCUGGUGAAGCAGCCAAGGCUCCAGAAAUUGAUAUAUCAGAACUUGAAUCACUCUUCUCAGCUGCAGUUCCAACUUUAGACAAAGCUGAGUCGGGAAGGAAAGGAAACUCAAAGACUUCCUUGGGGGCAAAAUCUGAGAAAGUGCAACUGAUUGAACAUAGGAGGGCGUACAACUGUGAAAUCAUGCUUUCAAAGGUGAAGGUGCCGUUGCAUGAUUUACUAAGUUCUGUCCUUGCCUUAGAGGAUUCAGCAAUAGACGCUGAUCAAGUUGAGAACAUCAUUAAGUACUGUCCAACAAAGGAGGAAAUUGAAAUGCUUAAGGGUUAUAAAGGAGAAAAGGAUAAGCUUGGAAGAUGUGAACAGUUUUUCUUGGAACUAAUGCAAGUACCGCGAGUUCAGGCUAAGCUCGGAGUUUUUUCAUUUAAGCUCCAGUUUCACUCUCAGGUUUCUGAUGUUAGGCGAAGUCUAAACAUUGUUAAUUCAGCUGCAGAUCAGAUUAGGGGGUCAGCCAAGUUGAGAAGAAUUAUGCAGACAAUUCUCUCCCUAGGGAAUGCUUUGAACCAGGGCACUGCAAGGGGAUCUGCUGUUGGAUUUAGGUUGGACAGCCUACUCAAACUUACUGAAACCCGUGCACGAAACAACAAGAUGACUCUCAUGCAUUACCUUUGUAAGGUGUUGGCAGAUAAACUGCCAGAAGUUCUUGACUUCUCUAAAGAUCUUUCUAGCUUGGAACCUGCUUCAAAGAUACAGUUAAAGUUCUUGGCAGAGGAAAUGCAAGCUAUCAACAAAGGACUUGAAAAAGUAAUACAAGAGUUGUCCAUGUCAGAAAGCGAUGGACACAUUUCUGAAAAUUUUUGCAAGGCUUUAAAGGAAUUCCUUUGCUAUGCAGAAGGUGAAGUGAGGUCACUGGCAUUGCUUUAUUCCGGUGUGGGAAGAAAUGUGGAUGCAUUAAUUCUUUACUUUGGAGAAGAUCCUGCACGUUGCACAUUUGAGCAAGUAAUAUCGACUCUACUAAACUUUGUGAAAAUGUUCAAUCAAUCGAAUGAGGAAAAUUGCAAGCAGCUGGAAUCUGAGAGGAAGAAAGCAGAGAAGGAAGGAGCAGCAGAGAAACUGAAGAUGAGUGGUCUAGAUAAAGAGGCUCCAAAUAUGAUAAUGCAACUUAGCACCAAGAGCUUCAAAGAAUCAAAAUGAUCAUAGAUAUUGCACUCUGAUAACUCUCUUCCUAAAAGUGGAAUAAUCAUACAUUAACUCCCUUUCCCAAGAAAGAGUUUCUAUCUAUAAUACUGAUUUCAUUAGUAUUAUAAACAUGACUCUUUUUUUGGGGCGGAGAGUUCUAAGUGAGUGGCUCUCCUACAUUGGUAAAGCGAAUGCAAGUUUCCUGUUAGAAAGCUGGGGAGAUAGGAGGUGUUUGGUAGAUAUUGAAAGAAUUGAAGCUUAAGGUUAUUACAGGAAGCUGGAGUUGCAGUUAUUCCAAGUAGGGUAAGUGUACAUGUAUAUAUAUUACUGCUUUGCUAGAACUUUAGAAUAAUACAUCCUGAAAUACUUGAAAAGAUAUACGGAGUAUAUAUAUAAAAGAAUGAGUGCCGUUCUGGCUUCUGUGAUGUACAUAUCAGUUUGGAUCUCUAUUAUGCCAAUUACUUCGUAGUGAAUUUUUUGUAAGGUGUGACACAGAAAGAAGAACUAAUUCUUUGCUUGUUAAUUACUCAAUCAGAGAAGUUGUUCAGUCCCUG